GCCGAAAAAGAGCACUCCGAUCCAGGAAUCAGCCUGUUUUGCGGGAGCGUCGCACAGCACGAGCACAAAUACCACCCUCACGGGCGUCUUACCGGGAUGGCCAGCCGCCGACAUCUGCCGGCGAUGGAGUGUAUGAGCCAGCACGAUGAAGCAUGAAGGAUGUGUUCCUGAUCAGCGCAGAAGAGAAAAGUUCGCGCCCGCACAUCAUUUCCCAUUCUCCCCCCACCAAAAGUCGCGCACGCCAUUGCAUUGUCUCUGCACUACCUGUGUCAUACGCUGCUAGGGCCGGACCUCGGACGCUUAUUACUCACUUGCACAAACCCACUACUCUCUCCUGCGCACAUGCAAGAACACAGUCUCUUUACUGAGUACGUUGUCACUUUGCACUAAUUCCUCCAAACACACACAAUGGAUUUCCCACUCAUUCGGCGAAGAAACUCCCCGCCCAUCGAUGCGACCAACUUCAUAAACGGCAUGUUGGGCGACCGAAGACCGCACGUGCAAGAGAAGAGCAUACCCGGGGGCGGCAACUGGGUGGUGCAAAAGUUCGGCGGCACGUCUGUGGGAAAAUUUCCUGUCAAGAUUGCAGAGGAUAUUGUGCAGGCGAACCUCGAACCAGGCAAGCGCAUAGCAGUCGUCUGCUCCGCCCGCAGCUCCACGACCAAAGAUCAGGGAACCACGAAUCGCCUCGUCCGCGCCGCCAUCGAUGUGCUUGAGCCGAACUCGGGCAAAUUUCGAGAUAUCGUUGAGACGAUCCGCCUCGAUCACCUGCAGGCCGGGAAAGAUGCGUGCAGUGUAUGGGGAGCAAGCAGCAGUAUACUGGAUCAGUACACCCAGGCGGUGAACGCAGAAUGCAGGAAUCUGCUAAAGAUCUUGGAAAGUGCCAUGUUCUUGAAGGCAGUCACAGACCAGACUGAGGACAUGGUAAUAUCGGUGGGUGAGAAGCUGAGCUGUCUGUACAUGGCCGCGUUGUUGCAGAGCCGGGGAACAAACGCUCAGUACUUGGACUUGAGCGAAGUGAUUCAUUUCCACACUGGGAAGAGUUUGGAUGAGAACUUCUACUUGAACCUGGGCAUAGCGAUUGCGGAUAGAGUGUUGGCAUUGGAUGCAGAUGCUGUUCCAAUCAUCACGGGAUACUUUGGGCCAGUCCCAGGCGGUCUGCUCAAGGAAGUCGGCAGAGGAUACACAGACCUCUGCGCAGCUCUCACAGCAGUCGGUCUCGGAGCUCAAGAGCUCCAGAUCUGGAAGGAAGUCGAUGGCAUCUUCACGGCCGACCCACGCAAAGUGCCCACAGCCCGCCUUCUCGAUUCUGUGACUCCCUCGGAAGCCGCAGAAUUGACCUUCUACGGCUCCGAAGUCAUCCACCCCUUCACCAUGGACCAAGUGAUCAAAGCGAGCAUUCCCAUCCGCAUCAAAAACGUCAUGAACCCCCGCAACAAAGGCACAGUCGUCAUCCCCGAUCUCGAAGACUCGCUCGCCGUCCGCCGACCAGGUCUCUUCCGCGGUCGCUCAUCCUCCAACCUCACCGAACAUGAACGUCCCAAGCGUCCCACAGCGGUAACCACAAAACGCGGCAUUACAGUCUUGAACGUACACUCCAAGAAGCGUACGCGAGCCCACGGCUUCCUCAUGUCCAUCUUCCAAGCCCUCGACAAACACGGCCUUUCCGUCGAUCUCAUCUCCUCUUCCGAAGUCCACGUCUCCAUGGCCCUCCACAGCGAAAUCUCCUUACUCUCCGGCUCGGGCGAAGAAGAACUCAAAAUCGAAAAUGCAGCUCUCCAAGGCGCUGUCGAUGAGCUUUCCUUCUGGGGUGACGUCGAUUUGGUGCCCGGUAUGGCCAUCAUUUCCUUGGUCGGGAGACAGCUGCGAAGCAUGGUCGGCAUUUCUGGGAGAUUCUUUUCGACUUUGGGGGAGCACGGAAUCAAUAUUGAGAUGAUCUCGCAGGGUGCUAGCGAGAUCAAUAUUUCGUGUGUCAUUGAGGAGGCCAAUGCUGAUCGAGCUUUGAAUGUGGUGCAUACGAAUCUUUUUACGUUUUUGGAUUGAGAAAAUGAUGACGGAUUCAUGAUGAGUGGGAAGGUUACAAGCAUGCAUUAGCGAGUGGUGUUUGCUGGGUUUUCUUCUCGGAUUGCAAAAUGGAACUGGUGUUAUUCUUCUUGCGGAGGAGAGGAGGAGCUGAGGAGGGAGGGUGAGAUACAGAUGAGACUACAUGAGGCUGGGUAGCUGGCUAUCAAUACACUGAGCUAUCUGAAAGAACUUCUUCAAAUUGUGAAUCUGCGAGCUCCAUUUCCUUUCUCGAACGUGUG